UGUGUACUAUAUAUAUGGUUUCAUUUCCCUGUUGAAGUUGUCAAAUUUCAUAAAAGAUAUACUAUGGAACACCAAAAAGAGGAGCUAGCAGAACCAGUUAGUCCUGUGGGACAAUACUUCAACAGCUCUGUGCUAUGCAUUUACAUCAUAGGAGUUUUAGAAUUCGAAGUUCCAAUAGAUGACUUGCAAACAUAUGCUCUUCUCCAGGAUGUUUUCCUUCCCAUCAAUCCACGCUUCUCCUCCAUCAUGGUCCAAGAUAAAAAUGGAGAGAAACAAUGGAAGAAAGUUGAUGUGAACUUGAAAGAUCAUGUUCACAUCCCCAUUUUUCCCGAGGGCAAAACAGUGGAACAUGACAAAUAUUUCCAUGACUAUUUAUCAAGCAUAGCAAUGGAGCAAUUGCCACAAAGCAGACCUUUAUGGGAAAUUCACAUGAUCAACUACCCUACAAGUGAUGCAUGUAGCACUAUAAUAUUUAAGCUUCACCAUGCACUUGGUGAUGGCUAUUCUCUCAUGGGUGCACUUCUUUCUUGUCUACACCGAGCUGAUGACCCUUUUCUUCCCUUGUCCUUUCCUUCUCUCAAACAAUCUAAACCAGAAGCUUCCACUAAAAGCUUCUGCAGAAAAUUCUCCUAUAUGUUGUCCUCUGCCUUUAACACUGUCUCAGAUUUUGGAUGGAGUGUGUUGAAGAGUAGCAUCAUCAGUGAUGAUAGAACACCAAUAAGGUUCGGAGAUGAUGGAGCCGACUUUCAACCAAUUUCCAUAUCAAGCAUGACAUUCUCCAUUGACCAUAUCAAGGACAUCAAAUCCAGACUUGGAGUGACUAUAAACGAUGUUAUCACUGGAAUUGUCUUCUAUGGAACUCGAUUAUAUAUGCAAGAUAUGGAUUCCAAAUCAAAGAGCUCACACUCCACGGCAUUAGUAUUACUGAAUACGAGAAACAUUGAAGGUUAUCAGUCAAUCAAUGAUAUGCUUAAUACUAAAGCUAAGGGUCCAUGGGGGAACAAAAUUACCUUCUUGCAUGUUCCAAUACCAAAAUUAAAUGAGACCAGAAUUUCUACCCCUCUUGAAUUUAUUCGGGAUUCACAUAACAUCAUCAAGAGGAAGAAACAAUCUUUGGGUGUUGUUCUCACCGGGACACUUUUGGACUUAGAGGGCAAACUGAGAGGACAAGAGGCAGUAGCCAAACGCAUUCGUGGCACAUUGACAAAAUCAAGUGCAGUGAUUUCAAAUUUGGUUGGACCAGUACAACAAAUGGCUUUAGCUAACCAUCCUGUGAAAGGCUUGUACUUUACAUUGGCUGGUGGACCUGAGAGUCUGGUCAUUUCGAUCAUGAGCUACAUGGAAGUUAUAAAAGUUACCCUCAAAACGGAAAAAGACUUCAUAGACGAACAGAAAUUAAAGUCAUGCAUGCAAACUGCAUUUGAGAUGAUUCUCCGAGCAGCUAUGGAAAUUCCUCUCCAAACAAAACGUUAGAGUUCUCCCUCACCAAAUCGUUGUAAUCAGCUUGGAGCUGCUUAAUACGAAAUCAGAGAGAGAAAUUUACAUAUUAUUUCCCAGGAUUUAUCAACGCCUUCAAUUGCUAUUCCAUUGAAUUUGUCGUGUGUAUGUUAUGGAAAUUAACACGAAGCCCACCUUGGGAUCUGUCGUGUAUAUAUAUAUUUUCUUGCUCUAUCUGUCAGCAGCGAUGGUUAAAACUACCAUGGCUAUGGUAGUUUUGCUGAACAGGAAAAUCUCACCUACGUAAUCGUUGA